CUCAGACCACCAGGGAAAGCAGCGGUGUCUCUUUAAGGCGUGCAAGGUGGGGCUAGUCCCUCCCCAGCCAGCCGCCCGCUCAGCAAAUUUAUAAAUUUAGUAACAAUGUGUUUUAGGCGCUUGGAUCCUGAAAUUAACACCGCAGCAGCAGCUCCGGGCGGAUCGGUGUCUGUUACUCUCCGCCUUCUAGCAGCCCGGACACGAGGAGGGGAGGAGCAGGGGGGAGCGUUUCAACACAUUAUCCUGCCCUUCUGAGCCAGGACAAGCACCCCCCCCCCCAUGCACCAUUCACACAAGCCUGCCUAUGCCCCAUGGACAGGCUGCCUUGCCACCAAGGGAGAGACACUUGGAGCUUGAGCUGCGCCACCAGAAGCGGAGUGUAAGCAGGCGCCGCAGCGGUCGCCUCUGGACGGACUAAGGCAGGAGGUCCGAGGUGAGGGGGGGUUUGCUGGCAGAUUUCCAGCUCCCCGCCCCGGGGAGAGGAUGUCAGCGCCAGGGGGGCAGCACAGCUGGGCUACUACGACCCCCAUCCUCUCAGCCACCUUGUGGCUCCUGUGCUCCGCUACGCAGGUUUGUGGAGACCAAAACCAAGGAGCUAUUUUUCUGCGUGAAUUUACAUUGAUUCGGAGAGAGAGCCUCCAUGACGACUUCUUGUCUGAUUUGCUGAAUAACCAUAAAACUGAAGAUCCGGGCACUGGAGGAGGAGAUAAUGGUUUGGAGUUACUUGAUGAACAGUUAACCAAAGCAAGUUCCAGAACAGCUCGGUCUGAAGAAGACCGAGAUACACUGUGGGAUGCCUGGGGUUCAUGGAGUGAAUGUUCACGCACUUGUGGAGGAGGGGCUUCCUAUUCACUCAGACGCUGCCUGAGCAGCAAGAGCUGUGAAGGGCGAAACAUUAGAUACAGAACAUGCAGCAAUGUGGAUUGCCCUCCAGAAGCCGGUGAUUUUCGGGCCCAGCAGUGUUCUGCUCAUAACGAUGUCAAGUACCAGGGACAGUUUUAUGAAUGGCUUCCUGUCUCUAAUGACCCUGACAACCCGUGUUCACUGAAGUGCCAAGCCAAAGGGACAACCCUUGUUGUGGAACUGGCUCCGAAGGUUCUUGACGGCACGCGAUGCUACACUGAGUCACUGGAUAUGUGCAUUAGUGGCUUGUGCCAAAUCGUUGGCUGUGAUCACCAGCUGGGAAGCACUGUCAAGGAAGAUAACUGUGGGGUCUGCAAUGGCGAUGGGUCCACCUGCCGGCUGGUUCGAGGCCAGUAUAAAUCCCAGCUCUCAACAAAUAAACCGGAAGAUACUGUUGUUGCUGUUCCCUAUGGAAGUAGGCAGGUUCGUCUAGUGUUGAAAGGACCUGAUCACUUACAUUUGGAAACCAAGACUCUACAAGGUGUGAAGGGUGAAAACAGCCUCAGCUCCACAGGCUCCUUCCUGGUGGACAAUUCUAGCAUCGACUUCCAGAAGUUUCCGGACAAGGAGAUACUGAGAAUAUCUGGGCCUCUCAGUGCAGACUUCACAGUCAAGGUCCGCUACGCUGGUGCUGCUGACAGCACGGUACAGUUUAUCUUCUAUCAGCCCAUCAUUCACCGAUGGAGGGAAACUGAUUUCUUUCCUUGUUCAGCAUCCUGUGGAGGAGGUUACCAGCUGACAUCUGCUGAGUGUUAUGAUCUGAGAAGCAGCCGGGUGGUGGCUGAUCAAUACUGUCACUACUACCCUGAAAAUAUUAAGCCCAAGCCAAAACUUCAGGAGUGCAACUUGGACCCUUGUCCUGCCAGUGAUGGAUACAAGCAGAUCAUGCCCUAUGACCUCUACCAUCCCCUUCCUCGAUGGGAGAGUACUCCAUGGACAGCCUGCUCCUCCUCAUGUGGAGGGGGCAUUCAGAGCCGCACAGUCUCUUGUGUGGAGGAGGACAUGCAGGGGCACAUCAGCCCUGUGGAAGAGUGGAAGUGCAUGUACACGCCAAAGAUGCCCAUUGUCCAGCCCUGCAACAUAUUUGACUGCCCAAAAUGGCUGGCCCAGGAGUGGUCUCCGUGCACUGUGACAUGUGGCCAGGGGCUAAGAUACCGUGUGGUUCUCUGCAUUGAUCACAGAGGGAUGCACACAGGAGGCUGCAGCCCUAAAACAAAGCCUCACAUAAAAGAAGAAUGCAUUGUACCCACUCCUUGCUACAAACCCAAAGAGAAACUUCCUGUGGAAGCUAAACUGCCAUGGUACAAGCAGGCACAAGAGCUGGAAGAUGGAGCAAUGGUGUCUGAAGAACCAUCGUUUAUUCCUGAGGCCUGGUCUGCCUGUAGUGUCACAUGUGGGGUGGGCAGCCAGGUGCGGCCUGUGAAGUGUCAGGUGCUCCUGUCUUUCUCUCAGUCUGUGGCUGACCUGCCUAUCGACGAAUGUGAAGGUCCCAAACCUGCAUCACAACGAGCCUGUUACAGCGGCCCCUGCAGUGGGGAGGCUGCUGAAUCUAACCCUGAGGAAAUCGAACUGAUCUAUGGAGGCCUCCAGGAUUUUGAUGAACUCUAUGACUGGGAAUACGAGGGCUUUACGGAAUGCUCAGAAUCCUGUGGAGGAGGUGUCCAGGAGGCUGUCGUGACUUGCUUGAACAAACAGACAAGAGAGAUUGCAGAUGAAACUCUAUGUGUGACCAGCCGCCGUCCUCCACAGCUACUGAAAGCCUGUAAUCUGGAGCCCUGCCCCCCAAGGUGGGAGAUUGGGAAAUGGAGCUCCUGCAGUCUCACCUGUGGAGUUGGACUGCAGACUCGAGAUGUCUUCUGCUCUCACCUCCUCUCAAGAGAGACGAAUGAGACGGUGAUUUUGGCAGAUGAGCUGUGUCAUAAACCCAAGCCCACCUUAGUGCAAGCCUGCAAUCGUUUUGACUGCCCACCAUCCUGGUACCCUAGAGAAUGGCAACAGUGUUCACAGACCUGUGGAGCUGGCACUCAGAAGCGAGAUGUGCUCUGUAAGCAGCGCAUGGCAGAUGGAAGUUUUUUGGAGCUUCCAGAAACCUUCUGCUCCGCUCCGAGGCCAGUUGCCCAACAAGCCUGCAAAAACAAAGACUGUCCCAGCGAAUGGCUUCUUUCCGAAUGGACACAGUGUUCAGUGAGCUGUGGAGAGGGCACCCAGACUCGAAAUGCCAUUUGCAGGAAGAUGCUGAAAACUGGAGGUUCUGUCAUCAUCAAUUCCUCAAUGUGCCCACCUUUGCCUCUCUCGUCUUUAGUCAGGUCCUGUGCACUAGUUGCUUGCACAAGGCACAACAGGCCGGCUCAAAAGCAAAGCCCCCAUAUUAUGGCCCUGAAGAAUGUUUACAUCCAGACAAAGAAGCAGAAGAAGCUACACUUUAUCGUGGGUGGCUAUGCCUAUCUGCUGCCCAAAACCUCUGUUGUCCUCCGAUGUCCAGUGAGAAGGUUCCGUAAAUCAAUGAUCACUUGGGAGAAAGACAACAAGCAACUCCUCAGCUCAGUUCACAUUACCAUUGCACCGUACGGGUACAUGAAGAUCCACCGUUUAAAGCCUUCAGAUGCUGGGACGUACACCUGCACAGCAGGGCCAGCGCGGGAACAUUUUGUGAUUAAACUAAUUGGAGGCAACAAUAAGCUCAUCAUCAACCAGCCAGCUGGGAUUAGAGAGGAAGAGGGUACAAGGAAGUCCAGUUUGAAUGAAGCCUUGCACACUCAGGAGAAGCAUCAGAAUGGGAUUCUCUUCAAUAGGAGCAAGGCCGAGAAACGAGGGCAUCUGGCUGAUCCUAGCAGCCAGUACGAUGACAUUGUCUCAAGACUUCUGAAGCAGAGAGGCUGGCCUGGGGAAAACCUGGAAUCCUGGGAGGCUCAGGAGUCGACAGAGAGAAAUGCCUCUUCAGAAGAGGAGCAGAGUCAGGAGUACAGCCUUCCGUUUACCAUGGUCACGGAGCAGAAACGCUUGGAUGAUAUCAUAAGGAAUUUGUCUCAGCAGCCUGAGGAACUUAAGGAUGUCUACAGCAAGCAGCUUGUUGUGCAGCUGGCUGAUGACAUCUUCAAGAGCCAUUUGGAAAAUCAAGAAUCUGGUUUCAUACCCCAGAGGAGAAGAAUUGGUUCAGCUAUAGCAGAGUUCCCUUUCCGCAAACAUGUGUCGGGAUUCACUAGUUCCUUGAGAAUGUCGUCUGCCGAAGCACAUCUGCCUACUUCAGUGGAGGUGGGGAAUGGCUCACACAGGCCCCAUCGAAAGCCUGCAAUCCUCAGGAAGAUUUCUGCAGCUCAGCAGCUCUCAGCCUCUGAAGUUGUCACCCACUUGGGACAGACAGUCGUCUUAGCCAGUGGGACCCUAAGUGUGCUGCUUCACUGUGAGGCUGUUGGGAACCCAAAGCCCACCAUUAGCUGGGCUAAAAAUGGAGCAGAGGUGCAAUACAGUGACAGGAUGCUCCUUCAGCCAGAUGACUCUUUGCAGAUUCUAGCACCAGUGGAAGCUGAUGUGGGUUUCUACACCUGCAAUGCAACUAAUGCUUUGGGAUCUGACUCUGUCUCCAUUGCAGUCACCUUAGCAGGAAAACCACUGAUCAAGGCAUCGAGAGCUACACUGAUCAACACAAUGUCCUCUGCUGUCACGGUUGACAUUGGAAGCACAGUGAAAACAAUCCAAGGUGCAAAUGUUACCAUUAGCUGCCAAGUUGCAGGUGUACCUGAAGCAGAAGUUACUUGGUUGAGGAAUAGGAUCAAGCUGCCCCCUGCCUAUCAUCUACGUGAUGGCUCCUUGCUGAUUGCGAACGUAACUUUGUCUGAUCAGGGGUUAUACUCCUGCAGGGCAGCCAAUCUUCGUGGGGAGGUGACUGAAAGCACACAGCUGCUGAUUCUUGAUCCCCCACAAACCCUCCUUCAAUUAGAAGAUUUGACAACAAUGCUUUUAAUCACGGGGCCAGAUAUUCCCUCAGUGCUGACCUCUCCUUCAGGAACAAGGAUGGUGCUAAAUCCUGGAAGUUCUGUCCUCAUCGGUUGCCCAGUGGAUGGUCAUCCAACUCCAAACAUCACUUGGUUUUAUGCUGGUCAGCCCAUCAGCAUGAGACAUAACAUCCUGGCAGCUGGUCAGAUUCUUCAGCUACUAAACAUCAGUGAUGGUUAUCAAGGUGAAUUCAGCUGCCUGGCUCAGAAUGAAGCUGGCUCACUUAUGCAAAAAACAUCUCUGACAAUCCGAGAAUAUUGGUGGUCAGCAGACAGACUGAUGGCGUGUUCGGCCUCCUGUGGUAACAAAGGAGUGCAGCAACCCCAGCUGAGGUGCUUACUGGACAGGACUGAGGUCAACUCAUCCCACUGCAUAGAGAAACCCAAGCCAGUGCUACAGCCCGUUGCUUGUAACAGAAGAGACUGCCCUUCAAGGUGGAUGGUGACAUCCUGGUCCCCUUGUACACGGAGUUGCGGUGGAGGGGUCCAGACCCGGCGCGUGACAUGUCAGAGGUUGACCGCUAUAGGCAGUUCUGUCCCCGUGUCAAAUGAGGCAUGUGCCCAGGUUGCCAGACGCCCAGUGGAUACCCAGAUCUGUAACGGGCAGCUGUGCAUGGAGUGGGUGGCCUCCUCCUGGGGUCAGUGUAAUGGGCCAUGCAUCGGACCACGACUAGCUGUACAGCACAGACAGAUUUUCUGCCAGACCAGGGAUGGGAAUUCUGUGUCUUCUGACCAGUGCAGUGCCCUGCCAAGGCCUUUGAGCACACAGAACUGCUGGACAGAUAUCUGUGGUGUGCACUGGAGGGUCAGUCUGUGGACUCUGUGUACAGCUACGUGUGGGAACUACGGCUUCCAGUCCAGGCGAGUGGAAUGCGUGCAUGUCCGCACCAACAAACCCGUGCCGGAGCACUACUGUUCCUGGAGGCCCAGACCUGCGAACUGGCAACGCUGCAACAUCACCCCCUGCGAAAACAUGGAGUGCAGAGACACCACCAGGUACUGUGAGAAGGUGAAGCAGCUCAAACUCUGCCAGCUCACCCAGUUCAAAUCUCGCUGCUGUGGGACUUGUGGAAAAGCAUGAAGAUGAGAGCAAUUGAGAUAGGGAAUCAGAGGCAUCAGCCUUUGCUUCACUACAGGAAGGACUGUUACAAAACAAAUGGGACAGAAUUCAGUUUUCUUCAUUUUAUUUAUUUAUUUUUAUUUUUUAUUUUUUAACUUUACUGAGUCGAUGUUGUAAAGGACUUGGCAAGUUUUCCCUUCAGUGAGGCUGAGAGGUGGAAUGCAGCAAAGCACAGUCGUGGUGGGAGACCAAAAAGAAAGAAGACAAGCAACAUGUCAGGCCUGAGUGGAACAGCUGCCUAGGAAUCCUCGUACAGGCCUUGUGAUACACAUCAACCAGCAGAUGGGGAAAAACUCCAAAGCAAAAAUUCCCAUUAGUAGCAGAUCAGACCACCACGGCAUGGAUCAAACAGCUUGACAGAUCAUGGGCUACUGAAAAAAGGAAUUGAACUAAACAUUCAGCUAAACAAUGGGCAGAGACAUCAUUUGCCCUAGAGGUCCCUUCCAACCUUGAUAUUCUAUGAUAUUCUAUUCUAGAAGGGUUUGUUAACAUAAACAUCUGGUUUUGGUUUUUUAAAACUGCUGUCCUAAAGCUGUAUUCCUGUUCUCUGUCUCCCUCUCUCUCCCUCUCAUGCUAAGAACUUAGUAUCUGAAAAAGAGGUUAAACAUUGUGUGAAAGCAUGAAUGAGUUUAAAAUACAUCUAAACAAGUGCACCAAGUUUUUCCCCCAACAUAAAAUGAAGUACAGUAUUACAUAGAAAAGGAAAGUGAGUGACAGAAUGAUCUGCUAUUGACAGGCCUCCGUGCAUACCUGCCAUCACUGUUCUAUGCAGAGCACUUAUAGGAGGGGUUGUAUAUAUUUGUGGCAACAAGAGCUACUUACCAUGCUGCAUCUUAACAUGAUUAAAAUGUAUCUGGGGAAGAGAGAAGCCUGAGAUCCCAGAGUUAUUGGGCUUUCAGAUCUGGGGUUUUGGUCUAUUUCUAACUUUGAAUUUGUAGAAAUGAUUUCUAUGUCCUGCCAGUGUGGAAUUUUUCUCUCAAUUACAGCCAAAUCCUCCAGUGAUAACUAUUAAUUUAUCAAGAAGGAGAAUUCAACUGCUCUGAUUUGGUAUUGUUCUUUCUGUCACGUAGACAUGCAGAAUGCUGCAUCAUCAGCUCUGGCCCCAAAGUGGUGGCACAGAUUCCUAAAAGAUGCACUAAAAAGGUGGAUGCUAGAAAGUGAAGCAGUUGUAGUCCAUGAAUAGAACUCUACAGUCAGAGGUGAUCUGAGAAGUGAGUGUCAGAUUUUCCAUUUGUAACAUGAUUUUGCCUGCUCAUUGUGAUUCUCUCUCCUAAUUGCAUCGAUAAUCAAAAAUUAAGUGCUUCAUCCUUCAAGGUGCUGGGCAUCCUCAAGUCAGUGGAAAUCCAGGUUGCUCAGCACCUUGCAGAAAUUGCCCUGAAAUACAAAGUUUGGAUUUGAACUUCCCCAAAGUUUGGAUUUGAACUUCCUCAAAGUUUGAGGGAGAGGUGCCCAGAUCCAGAGUUUUGGUUUAGGACUAUCUCUAAAUGUAAGGUUUGGCUGUGCCUCUUGUGUCACCCCCAGUGGGACUCUCGUCUUGUGAUGCAGUAAUAAAACACUGUUCAAGUAUUGAUAUGUUGCAGCUUACCUUACAUGUGGAUUUUUCAACAAGCCUGGAAGUUCUCUUGUGAGGUUAACACCAGGUCCAUUGCAUUAAAUUGCCUCCAGUUUGGUCAUUCCAAAGUGUGUUUGGCAGGGAACACUCUCUCUAUAAAUGGGUCUCUGAGAAAUCACGUUGCUAAGAAUCAGUGCAACUUUUAUUUAAAAACAAACAAAAAAAGUCUUUUUAUGUAUGUAAAUGUAUAUCUUUUUGUGUAUAUUUAUUAGGAUUCCUUGUAUAAAAAGUGCAAUAUUAAUAAUUGUACAUUGUUGUCCAGAUAAAAACUAUUUUGGGGACUUUUUUUGUGAUCUCCCUGCAAUUUUGUUCCUCUAAAAUCAGUGGUAAUAGUGUAAUUUUCCUGGUUUUAUUAGCACUUUCAUUUAACUUUGGAUAAAUUUCACUGUGUACAGAUUGCUUCAUAAACUAUGACAAUUGGGGGGAGAGGCUUUUCUACUUGUGAAGCUAUAGUUAUGCAUGGAACGAGAAGGACAAAUUCCUUACUAAUAAUUUGGUGGUUGUUUCUAGUACAAUAGCUAAUGAAAAGCAGUGCAGGGAAGUAUUUACAUUUUUUAAUAGCAAAACAUAUUCAGACGAUCCCAUGUUGGAUAUUAGCCGUGUAACUGUGCUUAGGAUAAACACUUGGAGCCAAGGUCUGGCAAGGCCACUGUGUCCCCGUCACACCAUAUAAAUAUAAUUUCAGAUGUUUGUCCUAUGAAUUGUGACUUGGCAGCAUCCCCAUAAGAUGAUGAGGAUUGCUGAGUAUUAUAGAAGGAGGAUUUCCUCCCCUAGAAAACCUGUAUUUAUAUCAUUUUUGUACAGAUAAUGCAGCUUAUUUAUUUAAUUACUUUUG